AUGGAGGAUGAAAGCAAAAGGAACGACUUGAAUGGAACACCUUCUCAGACGAUCUCAAAGACACAUCAAAUGUUCGUGUCUUUGAAUCUCCGAAACGAAGUGCGUGACUACAUUCGCUCUUUUCGGACAGCACAAGCACUUGUCGUAUUAGAACACAAUAUUCCAACCCUGCUGAAGCAUUGGUCUGAGCACCAAACAAAAUGUCUAAGACGACUCAUGUUGUACUGUCGAAUUCUCUGUAUUAUUGACAUUUUGACUCUUCAAAGCGAAGCAAACACUAGUAAUUCGUCGUCGAAUGGUGCGUCAUUGCUAGCAAUUGAAGAAACAAAGCGCGAUGGAUGGAAUCCAGAUUUAGCGAUUGAAGUUGCUCGUCAAGUUUUCGUAUCAAAUCUGGAGAAUACAA